GCGAUGAUAAUAAGAUUAUAUAGAGAAGCGGUUGAUAAGUUACGUGUAAAAAAGAGGUGAAGAUGAUAAGGAGAGUUUCAUGGAGAGUGUUUGUGGUGUGGAUAGCAAUUUUGGGGAGUGUAAAUAGUAAGACAAAGAAAUGUGAGUUUGAGGGGAUCUUCAACUUCGGCGACUCAAAUUCCGACACCGGCGGCUUCUGGGCAGCAUUUCCGGCACAGUCACGGCCUUGGGGUCUCACAUAUUUCAAGAAGCCGGUUGGUCGUGCUUCUGAUGGCAGGCUUAUUGUCGACUUUUUGGCUGAAGCUCUGGGAAUACCAUAUUUGAGUCCGUAUCUGCAAUCAAUCGGAUCGGAUUAUCGACACGGAGCCAACUACGCCACACUAGCUUCCACUGUUCUUUUGCCAAACACGUCACUGUUCGUAACCGGGAUCAGUCCAUUUUCUCUUGCAAUCCAGCUCAACCAAAUGAAGGACUUCAAGCGUAAAGUCGAAGAAAACAAUAAUGGAAAAAGGAUUAGGAACCUGCCGUCGCCGGACAUAUUUGGGAAAUCACUCUACAAAGUUUACAUUGGGCAGAAUGAUUUUACUUCCAACUUGAAAUCCAUUGGGAUUCACGGGGUCAAGCAGUAUCUCCCUCAAGUUGUAUCCCAAAUUGCAGACACCGUCAAGGAACUAUACGAGAUUGGAGGGCGAACAUUUUUAAUACUAAAUCUUGCACCAGUUGGUUGUUACCCGGCAUUAUUGGUUGAAUUGGAUCACGACAGAUCCGAUAUUGACAAAUUCGGAUGCCUCAUCUCUUACAACGACGCCGUGUUUGAUUACAACAACAUGUUGAAACAUUCACUUGAUCAAACUAGACCAAAUCUUCCCAAUGCUUCCCUCGUCUAUGUAGACAUUCAUUCUACCUUACUACAACUCUUUAGGCAUCCAAAACUACAUGGCCUCAAGUAUGGUCCCAAAGCUUGCUGUGGGUACGGUGGUGGAGCCUAUAAUUUUGACCCAAGAGUUUUCUGUGGCAAUACGAAGGUGGUUAAUGGCACCACCGUGACGGCAUCAGCUUGUAGCGACCCAGAGAAUUAUGUGAGCUGGGAUGGGAUACAUGCGACUGAUGCAGCCAAUAAACUUCUCACACAGGCCAUUCUUACAUCCUCUUAUUUUCACCCUCCCUUUCCUCUUCACCAUCUCUGUCAUCUCCAACCAUUACACUGAAAUCUCUAGAUUAUUUCAUUUCAUUUCACUUUCUGUAACCCAUUACAGGUUGGAAUCAUUUUAUAUCCUAAAUAAAAUCAUUGGUAUGCUUUCAAAGUGGACAGGUCAACAGCUGCCCUUAUGUUUAUAUGAAAUAUUCAUCACCAUCUGCAAUGGAGUUCGGUGUUCAACAUCA